CAGAAGUUGGCGUCCCAUAGCGUGUUUAGGUGGCCGGGGGGGCAAAUGGAUUAAAAAUCUCACUUCGAGAUCACCAGUACAACUCUCAUACCAUUCUGGAUCCCAUCUAAAACAGACCAUCAGGCAACUUUACUCACGUGGACACUGGGACAAAGUCCUCUUUCUUUUGCUUUCCUUCACUCUCCUUUUCUCUCUCUGCCGGAGAGGUUGGAUUACCUGUUCAGGUGGAUGGGUCAAAACAAGCCCCUUCAACUGCAAAGAAUCACAGCCUUUCUUAGUGACUCAGUCAGUCAUCUACACCUACAAUUAAGCAAUGACUGAUCAGGAAGAGGCGGGCGCCGUGGCGAUGCCUGAUUGCGGUGCCACAGGGGGCAUUCCCUCCUCCCCUCCACCCGGUCUAUGCCACGUCUGUGGACAACGGCACCUGCAGGAGGAAAACCACGAAUACACCUAUAAAGAAGAAGUGGAUGAUGACCUUAUGUGUCACAUAUGCCUCCAGCCAUUAGAAAGGCCCUUGGACACACCCUGCGGUCACACCUACUGCCAGGAGUGUCUCACAAACUUCCUUUUGGAGAGCGAUUUCUGUCCAGUGGAUCGCACCCCAUUGAUGUUACAGACCUGCCGUAAGUCCAGCCUUCUGGUCCAUAAACUUUUGGAUAAGCUGAUUGUGUCCUGCCCCUUUACUGAGCACUGCACUGAAGUUAUGCCGCGGGGAGAGGUGGAGGCACACAUCAAGAGCAGGUGUAAAGGAGCGUCACACUAUGGUCUCUCCGCCGAGAGGAAGCGGCGCUCUCAGGAGGAAGAUUGUACCGAUAGCACUUCAGAGCUCACAGUGGCAGCCCUGCCCGGAGAGGGAUGCCCCUCCUCUGCUAUUGCCCUCCUAUCAGAUGAGACCGGCCUGGUCAACCCUGCCUACGAGCCCAGUGUGGAAGACAACAGCCAAUCCGGUAGCACCACCAGCCUGGCGGCACGCAGUUCCAGGAAGAGUGAGUAUCGCAACUUUGACCGGUCAUCAGUGCGCAGCCGCUCCUUCCGGCGACUGAAUCGAGCGUUCAGUGUCCUGAGGAGGACUAAGAGUGGAACAGUAGUGGCCAAUGAGACCACCGAGGAGAGAGACAACCUCAGAAAUGCCCACAGACCACCAGAGGUAUUUGCAUUACCUCAGCUGCAUCAUCUAAUCCCUGAUGGAGAGGUCACCAGUAUUAAGAUCACCAGAGCAGAUCCUUGUGAACCUUUGGCUAUCAGCAUCGUCGGGGGCAACGAGACGCCUCUGGUCCGCAUCCUCAUUCAGGACAUCUACAGAGAGGGGGUCAUUGCUCGAGACGGAAGACUGCUUCCUGGAGAUAUGAUCCUCAAGGUCAAUGGUAUUGACAUCAGUAACGUGCCUCACUGUUACGCAAUGGCUGCACUGAAGCAGCCCUGCACGCUGCUGCGCCUGACUGUACUGCGGGAGCAGCGUCACCGUUACCAUUCCCACCACCACUCCCCCUCCGAGGGUUUUCCCACCCACACCGCCACCAUCCGGGAUGACAGCCUGCACGUGGUCCUCGUGAAGAGGGCUCCGGAUGAACAACUGGGCAUCAAGUUGGUGCGCAGGCCCGAUGAACACGGCGUCUUCAUCUUCCACCUACUGGAAGGGGGGCUGGCCUCCCGUGACGGAAGGCUGAGGAUAGAUGAUCGUGUGCUUGCGAUCAACGGGCACGACCUGAGAUACGGAGCCCCAGAGCAUGCAGCGCUGCUUAUUCAGGCGAGUGAAGACCGCGUCCAUUUCAUCGUGUCCCGCCAGACUCACAUCCCCACUCCAGACAUCCUCCAGGAGGCACCAUGGAACACGGAAGGACCACCACCCUACUCUCCUGUAGAUAUCGAGCAGGCUUUACUAGAUUCGUGUCAAAAACCUGCGUGUUACGAGAAGGCUGUGACUCUACUAAAGGAGCCUCAUGAUUCUCUGGGCAUGACGGUCGCCGGCGGGAUGAGCAGCAGGGGGUGGGACCUGCCCGUCUAUAUCACCAACGUCGACCCCAAGGGUGUCGUGGGACAAGAGGGCUCCAUACGCAAAGGUGACAUCUUGCUGAACGUAAAUGGGGUAGAUCUGACGGGUGUGACUCGGAGCGAGGCCGUGGCUAACCUAAAGAACACCUCAUCCCCGGUGGUCCUGCAGGUGAUGGAAAUGACACUACCCAAUGAGUGCUCCCUGGACUGCAUGCCCCCUCUGCAUUCCCCCUGCGCUCUAUCGCCCUCUCCGUCCGGAGAUAUUAAACUACCCCUGCCCAAUGAUGACUACUCCCCCCUCUGGGUGUCCUGGCUCCAGCUGCCCAGGCACCUUUACUGCUGUAAGGACAUUGUCCUCCGCAGGAGCACGUCUGGCAGUCUGGGUUUCAGCAUUGUGGGUGGACAGGAGGAACUCAACUGUAACCAGUCAUUCUUCAUACGCUCCAUCGUAGAGGGCACGCCUGCGUAUAAUGAUGGCAGGAUACGCUGUGGGGAUAUCCUGCUGGAGGUGAAUGGGACGAGCACCUGGGGAAUGACGCAUACAGCCCUGGUGCGUCUGCUUAAGGAACUGAGAGGACGAAUCACUCUCACCAUCGUUUCUUGGCCUGGCAGCCUGCUAUAGGACUACUCUGCAUGGGGCGGAGCUUACAAUACAGACCAUAUAAUGUAUAUGACAACAAAAAUGGAUUUAAAAUACAAGACUUCCUUUAAAGGCCGAGCUUAUGGAAUAGACUGCCUAGGAAGCUGGAUAUGAAACAUGGACCUCACCCAGGUACCGGGGGCUUUGACAGACUCUACACGAUAGAGAAGGCAGAGCUAAUGACUGCCCCGCCGUCAAGAAGCACGUUUAUGAGACUCCAAAAUUAAGAGGCGAUUUCACGAUUGCUCCUUUGUCAGGGAGCAGAGCAUAAAGAUAACAUCUGCCAAUGUGAAAAGUGCAUGGGAGGAAGAACAUGUCAUUUGUUGAUGGAGGGUGGAGCUUGUUGAACUAUACUAUUGAGAUGGGUCUAAAACACACUAUUCAGGAGAACAGAGUUUUGAGGAACUUUGAAGAUGCAACAGCGGGCACCUGUCAAUGAAUGAGUCAGAUAUAGAUGUUUAAACAAUAUGGGCACUGUGCUAUAUGUAGUCAGAUUGUGUGACUAUCGUUGUUUCGUACAGGCAGAUGGGGAGCAUGUGAGGCGCUUCUGUUGGGCGAAUGAUGUCAAGACUCAGAGAAAUGCUGGGAUGUUUGGGCGGUGAACACAAACGUUGCCAAUUCCACUAGUUUUACAUGUUAGAAAAUGCAUUUGACGCACAUUCUUUACUAUAAAUGUCGGUGUCUGAAAAAAGAUAAAUUCAAGCACUUGUACUACUAGUAAUAAUACUUUGGUUUUAUUUAUCUGUUUCUAUGGCUUUCGGAUAUCAGCUUUGUUUCUUGUUCUGAAAGUGGUUUAUUCUCUCUAUCCGCUGGCUUGGAGAGACGUUUGCCAAGUAGUUCUUUGUCGGUACGUUUCAGAUGCUGUUGCAAACAAAAACAAACUAUAGUGAGUCAUAAAAAAAAAGAAUAGCAACUGAAAAAAGAAUAAGCAAUGUUCAUAAUCUAUUUUAAAAAUGGACUAUAACUCAUGCUCAUAAUGAUAAUGUGAGAUUUUGGCGGCCUUGCUGAUUUUAUUUUUUAAUAUGGAAAAGAAAUAGAGAAUGAUGUGUGAAAGGUGUGUGUUUGUGUGUGUAGGUAUCAUUGUGGGUAAGAUGCGUGCUCUAGCAUCUCAUGCUUUGGCUUGUGCAGUAUACUGUAUCUGUUGGUACCUUUGGUUCAAUGAUCAAUAAAGUCAUUCUACAAGGA